AAUCACUCCUGACACCAGAAUAAGAGGCUGGGCGGCUGCCUGUAGGAGGACUCGCUAAUGGCAGCACACACACGGGGUUAAAUCCAAAACCAAGUUCAUAUCUCUGGAACAGCUUCAACAGAACAAGUGGAGGGGGCAGUUCGUGCACAUACUGUGGAGGAACACCGGCAAUCAAUGUACAUCUGAAGGCUCCAGGUACAGAAGCGGAUAUGUGCUGUUCCUGCCUUCCAGUCAGAGCAGCAGAUUGUGUUGCUGAAACCAGGGUUAUGUGAUGCCUUUAGAGACGUCUGGACUGACCCCUGAUCACAGCCGAAAUGCCCCCAUUCCAUCACAUCUGUGAGAGUCAAGGCAGAAGAGACUAAAAUAGAGUUGGAGUCUCCAGAGAGACUGAUGCUGAGAGGAAUCCACCCAGCAUAAACACGACCCACGAUCUCCGCAGCCAAAAGAUAUGAAUCGUCAAAAGUCAAAGCGAAACAUCUCAUAAGCAAUGCUUUGUUGUUAGAUCCCAAAGGCAAGGCGUUUUAUGAGAUGAAUGGUGAGGUUUGAGAUUAAAGCAAUAACUGUGAGCAUUGAGGAUUUUGAAAUUGUCCAUCCAUCAUUUAUUACAACUGGCUUGUGAGAUAUUUCCUCAGGAUGGGACUUGCUAUGACAUGAGCAGAACAUUUACUGCGCUGAAGCAGUGUUAGAACUGGCUCAAAUGGACAGUUUCUUGAUCUCUUGAUAGAAAUCCCAUGCUAAUUACUGGUUUAAUCGGAUCUACAGUGGCUUUACAUCUCAGAUCGCAUUGGAUUUGAUCUCUACAGGGAUUUGAAGAACUCUUGCUGAACCAUGAAGGAGGCAAUCGUGCAGUUUUUCAAUGAUGUAUGGACCCUUGCUUCAUCCAAGCAUGACCAGAGCAUCUACAACACGGUUUGCCUGGUAGUGCUUCUGACUCUGCCGCUGGUUGUGCUCUUCACAUCUGUGCUGGUCUGCUGUCAUUGUUGCUGCUGUCGUCAUGCCAAUGGAUGUCGGUGCUGUCGCCGCAAAAGCGAGACCUCAGUGACAAAUGUGAAAUCCGAAAAGAAGAAGAAAAAGAAAAACGGCAGCCAGAACAGUGAAGACUUGUGGAUCUCUGUCAAAGCAGAUCCCAUGAGUAGUGACAGACUUGCACUCACUAUGGUGUAAAAAGCCACAUUGAACAUGAGCAAUUUUAUAUUUAUUUAUCUUUAUGGUACAUGUAAAGGUACAAAAGUGUUACAGCAGUGUUUACUUAAAAUGUGCCUGAAUGUAAAAAGAAAGAGAGAAUUUCAAGAGACUUUUUGUAUAUAAAUGAAAUUUGGGAGUGAAUGAAUGUGCAAGAAUAUGUUAUAUGAUGUGUGUGUGGUCCUGAAAAGCUUUCCCAUAACCCACAUUUUAGGUGAAAAGAAAUGCAAAUCUGUCAUUAUACAACAGUUAAUCCGGGGCCUUGGAUUUGAUUUCCUGAGCUGUGUUUUUGCAUUUGACUGCACUGAUUUACUAUUGUUUUUUUGUGUAAACAUGCUCUAGAGCAUUAUUGUGCUCACGCCUUUCUUGAGUCUUGCGCAUGACAUGGCUUUCUAAAAAUGUGGUGGUUAAUUAAAAAUAGUUCAACUUUAAAAGAAAAAAA